CCAGCCGUCUUACUCGCUCUCAUUCGCAUAGGGAACGCUGAGAACCGCUCCCUCGCAGACACCGCCUUUGAAGCUCAAGCGCCACCUCUCCCGUUAUUCUCUGCUGGGUCAUCGCCUUCGGCACGGUAUUUCCGGUCGGUGACAGCCGCCAGCACCGUGGAUAUUGCUAGUCUUAUUGAUUGAUGCUUGAGAAGACCGAUGCUUCCUUGGCUGUUACUCUGACAGUACUCCAGAUGCUGCCGGUAAGGAAUGAGUGCAGGAAUAAUGUCACUUCUUCUAAUCUAAAUCCAAAAUAUUGGCUGCUCUGAACCAAGGAGAAAUUUCGGGAUAAUGCGGAACCCCAGCAUGGUUAUCUUUGUGUGCAUAAUAAGCCAUCUUCUACUUCUUGCUGGACUCAAGGCUGACAGUGUCCCGGAGUUUAUCAAAAGGCCCACUGAUGAAAUUGGUGUUUCUGGGGGUGUGGCUUCCUUUGUGUGCCAAGCUACUGGUGAUCCCAAGCCCAGAGUCACAUGGAACAAACGAGGCAAAAAAGUAAACUCUCAGCGAUUUGAGACGAUAGAGUUUGAUGAGGGAGCUGGUGCAGUUCUACGAAUUCAGCCUCUCCGGACGCCACGAGAUGAAAAUGUGUAUGAAUGCGUUGCUCAGAACAUUCUUGGGGAAGCUACAGUCAGUGCCAAACUCACUGUCUUGAGAGAGGACCAACUGCCCCCUGGCUUUCCAAACAUUGAUAUGGGUCCACAGCUCAAAGUUGUAGAACGUACAAGAACAGCUACAAUGUUGUGUGCAGCCAGUGGAAAUCCAGACCCUGAAAUAACCUGGUUUAAAGACUUUCUCCCUGUAGAUCCUGCAGCUAGUAAUGGAAGAAUCAAACAACUAAGAUCAGGUGCCUUACAAAUAGAAAAUAGCGAAGAAACUGAUCAGGGGAAAUAUGAAUGUGUGGCAACAAACAGUGCUGGAGUUCGAUAUUCUUCUCCUGCUAAUCUUUACGUGAGAGUUCGUCGUGUUGCUCCACGUUUCUCCAUUCUACCUGUGAGCCAUGAAAUUAUGCCUGGAGGUAAUGUAAAUAUAACUUGUGUUGCGGUUGGUUCACCCAUGCCAUAUGUGAAGUGGAUGAUGGGUGCUGAAGAUCUAACCCCAGAAGAUGACAUGCCUGUGGGGCGUAAUGUUCUGGAACUUACCAAUGUGAAGGAGUCUGCAAAUUACACCUGUGUUGCCAUGUCAAGUCUUGGGGUUAUUGAGUCUGUAGCCCAAAUCACAGUGAAAUCCCUUCCCAAGGCACCUGGAGCUCCUGUAGUAACAGAAACCACUGCUACAAGCAUAACAAUCACAUGGGACUCAGGAAAUCCUGAUCCUGUGUCUUACUAUGUAAUAGAGUACAAGUCUAAAACACAGGAUGGACCAUAUCAAAUCAAAGAGGACAUCACUACUACAAGAUACAGCAUUGGAGGCUUAAGUCCUAACUCUGAAUAUGAGAUUUGGGUAUCAGCAGUAAACUCGAUUGGCCAAGGACCACCUAGUGAACCCGUUGUCACUCGUACAGGGGAGCAAGCACCUGCUAGUGCACCACGAAAUGUACAAGCUCGAAUGCUUAGCUCCACUACUAUGAUAAUUCAGUGGGAAGAACCUGUGGAGCCCAAUGGUCAAAUAAGAGGUUAUCGUGUUUACUACACUAUGGAGCCUAACCAGCUAGUCAGCAGUUGGGAAAAGUAUAAUGUGGAUGAUAACCUUUUGACUACCAUAGCAAACCUAGCAGAACAUGAAACCUAUACUGUCAGAGUACUGGCAUUUACUUCAGUGGGAGAUGGUCCAUUGUCUGAUCCAAUUCAAGUAAAAACACAGCAAGGAGUCCCUGGCCAGCCUAUGAAUUUUAGAGCUGAAGCCAAGUCAGAAACCAGCAUUAGCCUGACAUGGAGUCCUCCUCGUCAGGACAGCAUUGUGAAGUAUGAGGUUUGUUACAAAGAGGGAGAACGAGGAAAUGAGAUAAGGAAGACAUUUGAUCCUGCAACAUCUUAUUUAGUGGAAGGCCUAAAACCCAACACAGAGUAUAUAUUUCGCCUUGCUGCUCGUUCUAAUCAAGGUCAAGGGGCUUGGACGACGGAUAUUAAAGAGCGCACAAUGCAGUCUAAACCGUCUGCCCCCCCUCAAGAUGUAAAGUGUGUCAGCACAAAGUCCACCACAAUACUGGUAAGUUGGCAGCCUCCCCCCGCAGAGAGUCACAAUGGCAUUCUUGCUGGAUACAGCGUGCAUUAUAGUGCUUUGGACUUCGAGGACCCAGUACCUAAAGAAGUAAAGGACAUUCCACCUCAGACAACUGAAAUCCUUUUAGAAGCUUUAGAAAAGUGGACUGAGUAUCGUAUCUCCGUUGUGGCGCAUACUGCUGUGGGACCUGGCCCUGAAAGCUCGCCCGUUGUUGUACGCACUGAUGAAGAUGUACCUAGUGCUCCACCACGAAAGGUUGAGGUGGAAGUACUCAACUCGACUGCCAUUAAAGUAUUCUGGCGUUCUCCUGUUCAAAAUCGCCAACAUGGGCAAAUUAGAGGCUACCAAAUUCACUAUGUGAAGAUGGAAAAUGGAGAAGCCAAAGGGCUUCCCCACAUAAGAGAUGUUAUGCUUGCCGAUGCUCAGUGGGAGAAGGAUGAUACAGCUGAAUAUGAAAUGAUCAUAGAUGGACUUCAGCCUGAAAACACUUACUCUAUCACUGUUGCUGCUUACACAAUGAAAGGAGAUGGAGCACGUUGUAAGCCAAAGGUUGUAACAACUCAGAGUGCAGUUUCAGGAAAACCAGUACUUUCUAUCACCCAAAUAUCGGAGAGCAGCCUGCUAGUACAGUGGGAACCACCAAGUGAGUCAGUUGGACAACUCCUAGGUUACCAACUACAGUUUGGGCGUAUUGAUGCAAAAGUUCUUUCAGUGCUAGAGUUUGGAGCUCAAGAAAAGAAGUAUACAGUCAACAAUAUCCAUAAAGGUGCAAAGUACAUCUUCAGAAUGGCGGUCAAAAGCCGGGCGGGCUUUAGUGAGGAAGUGGUACAAAAGUACAUGAUACCAGAGGACGCGCCUAGAGGUUACCCUCGAUUAACUGAUCCUAGCAAUAUCACUUCGGUGUCUAUCCAGCUAAACUGGCUGCCUCCUGUUCUUGAUGAACAGAAUGGUUUUAUCACUAAGUAUACAUUAUCCUAUUGGUUAGCCGACUCUCCAGACAAAAUUCUGGAAAUGGACCUACAAUCGUCUGAAAGAUCUUGCUUGUUGAGCAACCUGAAGCCUAACACUGUUUAUGAAGUCAAAAUACGUGCACACACCAGUAAAGGUCCUGGGCCUUACAGUCCAAGUGUCCAGUACCGCACUUUUCUUCUAAAUCAAGUAUUGCCCAAAAAUUUUAAGGUCAAAAUGGUCACGAAGACUUCAGUUCUCUUGAGCUGGGAAUUUCCUGAAAAUUACAAUUCAGUUAUGCCUUACAAGAUACAAUAUAACACACAGACAGUGGAUGUUGAUGGAAGGACAACAAAGAAAUUAAUCGCCAACCUCAAACCAAAGACCUAUUACAAUUUUAUUCUUACUAGUCGCGGGAAUACUAUGAGUGGUCUUCAGCAAAAUGUUGCUGUCCGCACUGCACCAAACAUGUUGGGUUUGAAACCUUUGAUAAAUUGGAAAACAGAUUCAGAUGGUCGCAUCACAAUAACUCUACCACAUGUGGGGACUACAGAGUCAGUCAGGAGUUACUACAUUGUAGUAGUGCCUUUGAAGAAAUCACGUGGACAGUUUCUUAAUCCAUGGGGGAGUCCUGAAGAAAUGGAUUUAGAAGAGCUAGUUCAUAGUAUUACAAAGCUGCAUCGUCGGAGUUUGCGUCAUCUAAGGCAUGUGGAGUUCCCUAAGCCAUACAUUGCUGCAUGUUUCCAGUCUUUGCCUCUUGAGUUUACACUUGGUGACCAGAAAAGUCAUGAUGGAUUUGAAAAUAAAGCACUUGAAUUUGGACAAAGAUAUGUUUUCUUUAUCUUGGCGAUGUUGGAAGGUGCUGAAUCGAAAAUGUUUGCUGCAAGCCCAUAUUCUGACCCUAUUUAUAUAGAAGAUCCAGAUCCCCAGCCAAUCAUUGAUGGUGAAGAAGGCCUGAUAUGGGUUAUUGGACCAGUCUUAGCUGUUGUUUUUAUCAUCUGUAUUGUCAUUGCUAUUCUGCUCUACAAAAACAAACCAGACAGCAAAAGGAAGAAUUCAGAACCGAGGACUAAAUGUCUGUUGAACAAUGCAGAGAUACCUUCUCACCACCCUACUGAUCCAGUGGAAAUGAGACGCAUAAACUUUCAAACUCCAGAUUCUGGUCUCAGCAGACCCCUCAGUGACCAUGAAUUUGAAAGUAUGCUUAAUCAUCCACCAAUACCUAUUGCAGAUCUUUCUGAGCACACAGAACACCUGAAGGCCAAUGAUAACCUAAAACUAUCUCAGGAAUAUGAGUCCAUUGAUCCUGGGCAGCAGUUCACUUGGGAGCACUCAAACCUUGAAGUCAACAAACCCAAAAACCGCUAUGCUAAUGUGAUUGCCUAUGAUCACUCUCGUGUCAUCCUCAUGCCUGUUGAAGGUAUUCUUGGCAGCGACUAUAUAAAUGCCAACUAUAUAGAUGGUUACAGAAAACAGAAUGCAUAUAUAGCAACUCAGGGUCCUUUGCCUGACACUUUUGGAGACUUUUGGCGCAUGGUAUGGGAACAGCGCUCUGCUACUAUUGUAAUGAUGACCAGACUAGAGGAGAAGUCUCGGGUGAAAUGUGAUCAGUACUGGCCAAGUAGAGGUGCAGAUACAUAUGGGAUGAUUCAAGUUACAUUGCUAGAUACAAUUGAAUUGGCAACUUUCUGUGUGCGAACAUUUUCCUUACAUAAGAAUGGUUCUAGUGAAAAGAGAGAAGUGCGUCAAUUUCAGUUCACUGCCUGGCCUGAUCAUGGAGUCCCUGAGUAUCCAACCCCAUUCCUUGCAUUCCUCAGAAGAGUAAAAACUUGCAACCCUCCUGAUGCGGGACCUAUUGUUGUACACUGCAGUGCUGGAGUUGGAAGAACUGGUUGUUUUAUUGUUAUUGAUGCAAUGCUCGAGAGAAUAAAGCACGAGAAAACUGUCGAUAUAUAUGGUCACGUAACAUUAAUGCGCUCACAGAGGAACUAUAUGGUCCAGACAGAGGACCAAUACAGCUUUAUUCAUGAUGCCUUGUUUGAAGCCGUGUCAUGUGGAAACACAGAAAUUCCAGCUAGAAAUCUGUAUACUUAUAUUCAGAAGCUAGCCCAGAUUGAAACAGGAGAACAUGUAACAGGCAUGGAGUUGGAGUUUAAGCGCCUUGCCAAUUCAAAAGCUCACACUUCUAGAUUCAUCAGUGCCAAUCUUCCAUGCAACAAAUUUAAGAAUCGCCUUGUGAACAUCAUGCCAUAUGAAACCACAAGGGUUUGCCUGCAACCAAUCAGAGGAGUAGAGGGAUCAGAUUACAUAAAUGCCAGUUUCAUAGAUGGAUACAGGCAACAAAAAGCUUACAUUGCAACACAAGGGCCACUUGCAGAAACCACAGAAGAUUUCUGGAGAAUGCUAUGGGAGAAUAACUCCACAAUUGUUGUAAUGUUAACAAAACUUCGAGAAAUUGGCAGAGAAAAAUGUCAUCAAUAUUGGCCUGCUGAACGUUCUGCUCGGUAUCAAUAUUUUGUAGUUGAUCCAAUGGCUGAAUAUAACAUGCCUCAAUACAUAUUAAGGGAAUUUAAAGUCACAGAUGCAAGGGACGGCCAGUCUCGCACAGUACGGCAGUUUCAGUUCACUGAUUGGCCAGAACAAGGUGUGCCAAAAUCAGGUGAAGGGUUCAUAGAUUUCAUAGGCCAAGUGCACAAAACAAAGGAGCAGUUUGGGCAAGAUGGACCUAUAUCUGUUCAUUGCAGUGCUGGAGUCGGUAGAACAGGGGUAUUUAUUACCCUCAGUAUUGUUUUAGAAAGAAUGCGUUAUGAGGGUGUGGUAGAUGUCUUUCAAACUGUAAAGAUGCUGCGAACUCAAAGACCUGCAAUGGUGCAAACAGAGGAUGAAUACCAGUUUUGCUACCAGGCUAGUUUGGAGUAUCUGGGCAGCUUCGAUCACUAUGCAACAUAAGAAGCCAUCUUAAAUGAACACUGUCAACCACAGACAUCAUUGCAGUUUCUGCUGACCCUCCAAAAAGGCCUAAACUUAUAAACUGAAAGACUCUAGCACCAGGGAUGGGAAGUUAAACACAUUUUUACAGAUAUCACAUUCAGAAGAAUCCUGUGGUAAAAAGACACAGACUUUUUGACUUCUAUUUAAAAAUGCUUUUGGUGUGAUACUUCAAUCACUGUUCUUGAAUAUACAUGGAUCUUGUACCAAAAGUGGUAAUCCCAGCUUGUGUAACAAUGUAUGUUCUUUUAUAAGAGGAUAGCAGGAACUAAUGUUGCAUCCUUAAGGCUCAUUUUAUUUUUUAAACUUUGAAAUGUAGAACUGUUCAGACAGAAUAACUGCAAUGUUUGUGAUCUGGUAAAUUUAGAGUUAUUUAUGCGUGUGUUGUAACUUUACCAAAAGCCCUUGAAGAAAAAAAUUAACUGGGCAACAGUAAAUUAAAGCAGUGUGAUGGUGAAAACCAGGGCUGGACAAAUUGUAACUCAACCACUGAGCCACCACUACCUGCCUCUGCCUUGCAACAUUCCUAAAAAAAUGUGGUUAUGUCAAGACUUAUUACUAACAAUUUGCACAUAUCUUUAUUUAAGCCGUACAGAAGGUUUCAGCCUACCUUAUCUCUCCUAGAAGAUUUGACAUAAAAUGUUUGAUUUUCUUAAAGUUCCUUGGUUGAUUGUAAAUUAGAGAGGAGAUAGGGUAGGAAUCUGCUGCACACUUAUGUCCAGCAGUUAAGUGACUGUGGCCAAUCAUGUGUUUUUACUUAUUUAUUUUUUAUGUCCACAAUGCAGUGUGUCCAAAACCCAAAGUGCAGCUUGUAUAUUUCAAAGUGUACAUCAGUAGCUUGCUUUUAAGUAUUGUAUCUGUAUCCAUUUAAGUGAUAUUAAACUUAGACCCCUUUUUAUAUUGUAUUGCCUUUUUGUAAAGAGAAAAAUAUCAAUGUAAUGAAGAGACAUUCUACAGUUCAUAUUCUGUUCAAAGACUGUCUAUUUUUUUUACUGUAGAGAUGUUAUAGACGAUGUUUACUAAACACACCAGUAAGCUGCUCUUCUUCCGUCUACUUUUUCUACUCCCUAAUAUAAAUUCUGUCAGAUUGUUCAUUCAGAUUAGAAACAAUUUAACACAUCAUUCCACCCAACUAUGGAAUUUGGGUUUAUAAUACAUGCACCAAAAAUAUUUAUUUACUAAAAAAGAAAACAAAACAAAAAUAACAAACAAAAGAAAAAUAUGUAAAUAGAAAAUAACUUGUCUCACAGGCCCCUUUCAACUCUUUAGUCUGUGCUCUUCAUUUUUCAUGGACCUCAGAGUACAUAUGUGGCUGAUAAAAAUUCACAGAUGUCUUUCUUUUAGGAGAGAAGAGUUUAAGAGGUUAAACAAAUCUGCUUUAUUAGUAAAGCAUUAAUACCUAGAACUGUUUGUAAUUUACAGCCAUUUAAUUACAUAACAAUUGACCCACAUGUAAAAGCGUUUUUAACUAAUAGUAACAUAUUAAAAAGGAAUGUGUGUAAUUCAGAAAUGUGCAUAUUUUGUAAGACUUCCUGCUUUGUGGAACAAUCUGCUUUUCCCAUAUAAUAAAAACUGUAGUUCUAAAGAGCCACUGGAACUUGAUAAACUACACUCAGAAUGUACAGACAAUGGUGAUACUAUGUGCUAACAAUUACAGAACAUUAUCUGGGAAGGGAUGUAGUCACAAGAUGCUGCAUUCAGUAACAUUGAAACUACUUCUAAAAACAAAAUUUAAACCCUCUGUUCAUCUUAAUUGUAAAGUAAAACUGUCAACUUUAUAACUGUAAUUGAAACAGCUAUGAAAUGUGAUUUACUCACCAUAAUGUAUGUAGAAAUAUCAACUUUGUAUUAAAGAAGUCAAAAUGA